UCGGUUGACAAUACGUCGAUUUAUUUCCCCAUCCGAAUCUUUAUGAUAAUCUAUAAAUUUAUAUUUACGGAAGAGUAGUCAAAAUUGUUUUGGAUAGAGUCAUGCUUGAUUUAUUACAAAAAAAGUCAUAAACAAUUUGUUCGUGAUUUAAGUACAUUAAAACAAAGGGAUUCUAGAUCUGAAUUAAUCGCUAUACAAAAUGGAAAAUGAAAAGAAAAAGUUUUUAGUAAAGAAACUGACCAAGGUCAUCGAAGAGGCAGACAAAAAUGGAGUUUCGCGAAGUGAUGUUCGUAAUAUUUUAAUUAAUCCAACUGUAGAUAAAGUGAAGAAAACUGACAGUAAAACUAAGGAGAAUACAGGAAUAGAGAAUACAGAGUAUACCAAAGAACAUGAGGAAAAGGAGAAAAGAGAUGAGAGAAAAUUGUCUCCGUUAAAAUCAAAAUACGUUAUGUAUGCUUUUAUGUACGUUUUUGGAAUAAUCAGUACAUUAAUAACUAUUUUCAUUCACGGUUUCAUUGUUGACGCGUUAGCUGAGAAAUGUUUUAUGGACCAAAAUGUUUAUGCAGCUGAAAUUUCAAGACCACUGGUCCAAUGCAAUAUGUGUAGGAAUCUAGACAGCAUUCCUGUGGAGUCCGGCAUUUCUGCUGAAGAGUUCAAACGGAAAUAUGCAUAUACAUCUGUUCCUGUGUUAAUCAAAGAUGCAACAAACACGUGGUCCGCAAUGACACAAUUCAAUUUUCAGUUCUUCAAAGAUCUAUAUUUCAGAACAGAAGAUGCAUUGAGGACUGUGGACGAAGAAUGUCAGUUCUUCCCAUAUAAUACCGACUUUUUGACAUUAAGUGAUGUUUUCAAUAUGUCUGACGCUCGUGCAAACUUUGUGGAUGGGGAAAUGCCUUGGUAUAUAGGAUGGAGCAACUGUCACAAGGAAGUGAGAAAUAAACUACGAAAACAUUACCAACGACCUUACUUUCUACCCAACAACUCAGAGUCAAGCACGCUUGAUUGGAUCUUCAUGGGUGGUUCAGGACCUGGGGCACUUGUACACUUAGACUAUGUUGUUAGACCGUCUUGGCAAGCACAAAUAUCUGGUAUGAAGACGUGGACCCUCGUUCCCUCUCCGGAAUGUGAGGCCGAAUGCAAAUCCUUCAAUGUUACCGUUCACAAAGGAGAUAUAUUUGUUGUGGACACAAAUGUAUGGUACCACUCUACUUUUAUCCAUCCUGGGGACAUUAGUAUCACCAUUGGUUCAGAAUAUGACUAAUUCUACAAACAUUAAUUUGAGUCAGUAUGAGCUCGGGUUGAUUUUUGACUGUGUUUAUUCGAACGUCAAAAUUUAAGUUUUCAGUCCUUAGAAGAAUGAAAUAAAAUCCUUUUUAUACCAUGUCUUAAUUUUCUACUUUGUAUGGUAUCUCUGUGACAUUAUAAAAAUAUUCAAUAACGGUUUUGUGUCUGAAGAAAAGCGAAAGAUAUAGCCCUAACGACUUGUCUCUGCAGUUUUGAGCUCUCAUUGUAUGACUUAAAUUAACAUCAGAUAAGAAACUAUUUUCAGUUAAUAGAUAAAUGUCACUGGUAAAAUCUUCACGGACAAGAUACGGAGCUGCAUUGUUGCAAGGUGUAUCAGACAUACAAAGCCAUUAUGCUUUCGAAUAUAUAAUGACAACUCUCACUCAUGUAUACCCGUAACUGCAAAAGGCAACAAAAAUAUGAUGGAAACAUCUUUUAAGGAAUCGAACACAUCAUAACUAGUGUUGUCGCGAGAAGUUUGGACCCGUACCAUAAAAGAUGAUGAUUUAAGUUCGUUAUAAUGAUUGUGAAAUUUCGUUUUUAUCAUAUAUUAUAACCUGAACCAUUAUUCCGAAUCAUUUGUUAGCUUACAAGUUAGGUAGGUUGUUUUCCUUGGGGCAAAAUCCAAUUGCUACUUUAAUUAUUUUAUUUUACUGAAUGUUAAAUUUCGUCCGAGAAUUAAGAGAAACACAUUUCGUUUUACUGUAUACUCAUUUGCAAAUAAUUUGUCUCAUUUUCAAAACUUUUGUCAGCAGUAUAUGAACUUAGACCAUAUGUUUCAUUCAUCUUUGGUACAGUUACAAGUAGCAAAUGGCUACUUAUAUAAUUCAAUAAAGAUUUGUUCAAAACAAAUUUACGUUGUUCAAGAAGUGUUUUGAAAGGAGAAAAUAUAAUACAUAACAUUGUAAGUAAUUUCAUCGAAAACAGUAACAAGGGUCAUGUUGGACAUAACGAAUAUUUCGUGUAAAAAUUGGCCUAGAAAAUGACAUAUUUUGAAAUAAUGAAUUGUAUACACAUCAAUAAGAGAAGAAUAUUGUGUGAUGAAUAUUCAACAGGGAAAGCCACGGUCCAAAAACACAGCCUUCCCAAUCCGCUAUUCACAGCAUACUUACGUGCAUACGACAAACACACACGACCAUUCACAGCAUGCUUACGUGCAUACGACAAACACACACGACCAAAACACUUUCAAAGCAAACACGAGGACAAAAUGAAAAAAGGAACAUGGUGGGACACACAUGGAAUGGUCAGUUGCAAACUAACCAGAGGAGUUUAAACCGCUUUAUAAUGCAUAUAAUUUCAUUCUCACCCCCACCUAGACCUACUGUAUCAUUAUGUAUGUAAAAGUUACGGAUUAUGCAGACUGCAGUUCCUUAACUCUCUUUAAGAUGCCCGUAAAGUUUAAAUAAAUUCCUUUGCAAAGAAUUCAAGUAACUUUACAAAAUGGAGGUGAUUCAAGAAGUAAGAAAGUAGAGGUAAGGUUCUUCAAGUUAUUUUAUUUAUCAUACACAUAGUAUUAUCAAAUCAGUGAAGGGUUCACAGCUUAUCUAUGAAAGCUACCAUCAAGCGUAAUCAGAACCGGAUUCAGUUCUUAAUUGACAAGUGCAUUUCUGUGAUUUAUAUUCCAUGCCUUUUGUUGCCAUUACGUGUAUUAGGGAUUCACCUGGUCUAAGAUGGCCCCUCAGUGGCGUUUUGGCCAUUGACCGUUCCAAGGCGGUGCCCCAAUGUGUUCCUUUAUUUAUUUGUGUUGCCCUAGUGUUUUUGCUUUGCGUACGUGCGUGUGUGUGUGUGUGCGUGCGUAUGAUGGUCUUGUACGCGGCCAUAAUUUGGUUUGCGGUUUGUGUAAGUUAGUGUUUAGAAAUUGGCUUUCCUUGUUGAAUCUUAUCCCCAGCAAACCAGAAGUCCCUCGUAUUUCCAGGUAGAAAUAUUAUGAUUGUCUAAAUUUUUGUCAAAUAGUAUAUAAUUUAUAGAUGUGUCUUAUUGCAGAACAAAUCCCAUUGCACAUUCAAACUUACCAUGCGAUGUGUUUGGAUUGUUUCUUAUGUAUGGAGUUGCUAAAUAAUUACCUGAAAAUCAUCUCUGACAGGAAACGACAUUUUAUUGCAAUACUUCUCAUGGGAAUAGAAAUACUAGCUAGUGCGUUAUAGCUAAAUGUAGUAGAUGCUAUUAUAUUUCAUCUAAAUGAAACUUUCUUGACAACUUCACGAUUAAAUCAAAUAAAAUGACUUGAUAAAGAAAACAUCGUGUUCAAUUCUAUUUGCUACAAA